GUGUCCCCGGAACCCCAGGGUGCCAAUUAAGUGCUGGUGGCCCGUGUGGGGUCAGAGCCACGGUGGGAUGGCAGAGCCGGGCCCGGAGCCGGGGCGCGCGUGGCGACUGCUGGCCCUGUGCGGGGCUGCGGUGUUUCUGGCGGCAGCCGCGGCCGGAGGGGCGCUGGUGGCCUGGAACCUAGCGGCCUCGACGGCCCGGGGCCCCCGCUGCCCUGAGCCCGAGCAGGUGAACGCCACGGUGUGGCCCCCAGACUCGGCGCCCGAGGUCGAAGAACUGCGGCGGCGGCUGGCCGAGGCCGAGCAGCGCCGGGAGAGCCUGGCCGGGCAGCUGCAGCGCGCCGAGGGCGGCCGGAGGGAGCUGGAGGCGGCGCUCAAAGCCUGCAAGGACCGCCAGAGCCGGCUCCAGACCCAGCUGAAGACCCUGAAGAUUGAGGUGGAUGAGGCCAAAGUCCGAGGCGCGCAGAUGGGGCUGGAGAACGGGGAACUGACAGAAGCCCUGGAGCGCUGGGAGGCAGCAGCCACGGAGUCCAGGCAGCAGCUGGAAGCGGCCCUGCAGCGCGCAGGCGCAGCAGAGGCAGACGGCGAAGCUUGCGUUGGCCGCGAGGUGGCGCUGAGGGAGCGCAAUUCCGCCCUGGAAGCCGAGCUCCGCAACCUGCGCAGAGGACCCCGCCCCCGCCCCCGCUCAGGAUCCAGGUCCAAACCCAGCAUCCGCUCCCACCCGAGGUCUGGACCCACUAAGGGCUGCCGGAGGCCACCUCGUGACCCCCAGUAGGAUGGGAGCCUCGGGCCAGGACUGACAGCGUGGGUGAGAGGCGUGACCCACGGCGUCCACGCUCAGCUCUCCACCCACGACUGCCCACGUGGCAGCACACAGAAGGACUCAGUCCUCCUCUCUCGGAGCACACGGGACUAGACCAUCAUCGCAUAGGGAACCCGCCUCGCUUGCUCAGGCCCCGAUGUCCCUGGUAACCACGAUGGGACCUUCAGCCCAUGGUCAAGAGGCUUUGGGGCACACAGAACUCACCAGAGCACCGAGGCAAACUCGAGUGGGAAGGUUUACAAAUUCUAAGAAGCCAUGAGGAUCAGAGCCAAGGUGAGGAGGAUGCCUGGGGCCUAGAAAGUGACCAUGUUGUGGAGGAGACGCCCAGGAGACAAGAAAAGACAGCGCAGGACGUAAAAAGGGGAGCUGUCUCCGUCACAUGGGGGAGGGGCUCUCUCUGGGCUCAAAAGAAUCCUAGGAAGAUCCACAGUUCUCCUCCUGUCUCCCUCCCCCGCUUUCCCUCUCUGUCUUCAUUUCUUUCUCUCUUUCCCUUUCAAAUGGGUCUCAUGUAGCCCAGGCUGACCUCACACUAGCUAUAUAGCCUAGGCUGCCCUGGACCUCCGGAUAGCCCCCUCCCCCGGGGCUGGGAUUAAAGGCCUGCACCACCUCACCCCGCUCGACAAUCUAAUGUGUGCUUAAUUUCACGUUGUUUGUGAGUCUUAAAAUUCACAUUUAACAAAGAGCUAAAGAGGCCCACAGAAAUCCACAAGGAUACCCCCACAAAAGACUGCUGGCAAUGGUUGAGAGACA